CGGACAUACUGAGCAUCAGACCAGAGGACCUGUGGACUAAAAUCCACCUUCAGGUACCCACGGCACAGUGAAACCAUCAAGGAGAAGAAUGGGACUGCUCAGUGUUGAAGAACUGGUGACUGGUAAGAGGUCAGAGGGCAUAGAGGCAGAUGACUUUCAGGGGGGCGUGUAUGAGGCGGCCGUCAAUCAGGAGAAGAGGGAUGACCGCAGAUCCCAGAGGGAGCUGGGGGUCGGUGGGCGUCUGUCGGAGGAGAGUGACAGCGGCAGCGAACAGGAGGAAGUCAGCGUGGCAGCUCUCAAUACGGAUAGGAGCGGCAGACUGAAGCUGGAGACGGUGGACGACCUGUUCAACAUCCUGCAGCUGAGGAAGAAACGGAGAGAGAGGAAGAGCCCGGUCCUGAAGAAAGAUGAGCCAGAGCCUGAGACUGUGCCGGAGACGGUGGAUGAGGAGCUGUUCCUCACAGCAGCCAUGGAGAACAAACUGGCUGUGGUGGAGAAGUACCUGUCUGACGGAGGAAGCCCCGAUGCAAGCGAUAAUUUCCAGAGAACAGCUCUGCACAAAGCUUCUUUCAAAGGACACGUGGACGUCAUGCAAAGACUUCUGGAGGCCGGAGCGGCUAUCGAGAAAAAAGACAAGCUGGAGGCCACAGCCGUCCACUGGGCCUGCAGGGGAGGCAGCCUGCCGGCCUUGCAGCUCCUCCUGGAUCGAGGAGCCAAGUUCACCUCCAGAGACAAGCUGCACAGCACUCCUCUGCACGUGGCUGUGAGGACAGGACACUGCGAUUGUGCCGAGCACCUCAUUCACUGUGGAGCAGACCUGAACGCCAAAGACAGAGACGGAGACACACCCAUGCACGAUGCUGUGAGAAUAAACCGAUUCAAGAUGAUCAAGCUGUUGAUGAUGUACGGGGCCAGUCUCAACACAAAGAACUCUGACGGGAAAACGCCAAUGGAGACAUUGUAUUCAUGGCAGAAUGGAGCCAAGAGCCUCCUGUGCAACUUCAGCGAGGAGAAGCUGGAUCAGUAGAAGCCAAGAGAGUUCAGUAAAAACAGGAAGUCAAACUGAAAAUCAG